UCUAAAUCUAGACGCCGACGUACCUACAGACUAAAAAGACAGAAAUGCUAUAUAGAAAUUGAUCGUUACGGUAUUUUAGGUGUUUAUUAAUAUUAGACGUUUCUGGGAGGUAAUGUGAGCUAAAAAAAGUGAUUUGAAAAAAAAAAAAUAAUAAUAAUAACUCAAAUGUGUUGACAAUGGUAGUGUAACUGUCCUAUAAAAAUAAUAGAAAUUAAAUAAAUUUUAAAAGUGAUGUAAAGUGAAUUUUCCUACAUAGGAAUCAUGACCUGGAUUUGUAUGUUCGUUCUUAUCUUCUUCUAUAAAGUGUAAGGAGUAUCGCUAUCCUGAUUGAACCUGGUGCCCUCUUGAGAAAUGGAACCAUCGUGAAUGCUAAUAUAAGCAACAUCGCCAAUGAACAUAAUACAAUAGAACAUGCAGUGUCUAUGGCACCUUUAGGAUCUCCUUUAAAUCAAACUUUGUAUGGUCCUUAUUUUGACUCGGAAAUUUCUGGAAACGUUACUGCACUUGUCGGCAAGUCAGCAUAUUUAUCCUGCAAAGUUCGCAACUUAGGCAAUAAAACGGUGUCUUGGAUUCGCCACAGGGACAUUCACAUUCUGACUGUGGGCAGUUACACGUAUACAAGUGACCAAAGAUUUCAAGCAACUCAUCAUGUAGAAACCGAUGAAUGGACCUUGCAAAUCAAAUGGGCACAGAAGAGAGAUGCUGGUGUUUAUGAAUGCCAAAUUAGUUCCCAACCAGUAAAGAGCUAUUUCAUUAGACUUAACGUUGUCGAGGCAUUUGCUGGAGACGAGCCAGCUAGAGACGGAGAUUUUAGAACUUUAAAGCAUAUUGGCCGAACAAGAGGUUCAGUGCCAACUGCGGACAUCAUAGGAGGGCAAGACCUUUACGUAGAUAAGGGGAGUACUAUCAAUCUAACAUGCCUAAUUCGCUUCAGUCCAGAACCACCUGCUUAUAUAUUUUGGUAUCACCAAGACGAGGUUAUCAGCUACGAUUCAAGUCGUGGAGGUGUGAGUAUUCUUACUGAAAAGGGUGAAGUGACAACAAGUUUCUUGCUAAUUCAACAAGCUUCUCUCUCAGAUUCUGGAAAAUACACUUGCAGUCCAUCAAACGCUGAUAUUGCAAGUGUGAGAGUACAUGUAUUAAAUGGUGAAAGACCUGCAGCAAUGCAAACAGGAUCAGCCGGACUUUCCAACAGCUCUUGGACUAUCUUAUUUGUUAUGGCACUAUCAUAUAUCAUUACUUUGUUAUGUUUAAGAGAAAAACUGUUUGUAUAUAGGUAACUUUAAAAAAUUUACAAUAAAUAAAUAUUAAAAAAUA